AGAUGGCUGACUUGCAGGGCUCUGUUCACUUCCACGGAGCUGCUGCCGUUGGCUCCGUCAAUAGUGCACUCGCUAAUCCGACUGAGGCGAAGGGAGCCCCGAACAACCGCUCGCAAUCUCGAGAUUUCAGCCCGCCGCCAUCAAAGAAGGUCCGAGUCGAGGAGAAGUCGAGCGUUAAACCCAGGAAACUCGGCAGGGACGGAGGUGUGGGGAGCAACGGUAGCGGGAAAGAGAAACUCCAGCAGACCACGAAGCAGCACAGUUACGGCAGCAACCCGGGCUUGUGGACCUUUAGCCAGGCUAAGACGAGCAGCAGCAGCCACCCUCCGGUGCCUGCUACUGGCGGAUCCCAGACAUCGGCAGGCGCACACAAAGUCUUCAAACAGAGCGAUUUCUUCCUCCACAAGGCGCCUUCUUCCUCGAAACCCAAGAGUAAAGAUAAACAAGGAGAGAAGGGGAAGGGAGGCGGGGAGGAGAAAAAGAAACAUAAACUGUUGUUGACCUCCGCACCCGGGAGUAACGUUAAUAAUAACAACGAUGUUCGUGGAUUUAACAACAUUUCUGCAGUGAAGAGGGAAAAUGGGGAGGUCGUGUUACCAGCCCACGAACACCCCACCAAGGAUCAGGCAAAGGAGAGAGAGAAGAAAAGGGUCAAGGAACGAGAGAAAGAAAAGGAGAAGAAGCACAAAGUGAUAAAUGAGAUCAAGAGGAAGAACGGAGAAGUCAAGCAGCCGAUUAAAGAGGAAAAAGAUGAAGCAAAGAUCAACUCCGAGGAGCUGCAAAUUAAAAAGGUGAAGAAGAAAAAGAAGAAGAAACACAAAGACGGAGAGAAGCACAAGCGAGUGAAGAUGUACCACCGCUCUUGCCAAACCGUCUGUGGCGGCCUGCUUUCGUCCACCAACUCGUCCUCCUUCUCUGAACUGACGAACAACUCCUCUCCGUCAGUUUUUAAGUCUCCUCCGCUUUUUCACCCUCCACCCAACAACAAAGACUCUCAUCUCAGGCCCUCCUCGCCUGCUUCUGCCUCUAAAUCUAUUUGUAACUCAUCAACUUUACACAACUCCGUCAGCUCUCCGUCAGCCAAGACCCCCUUCCCAACAAAACCCAACUCGCAGCGCACCUAUCCUGGGAUGGUGGGGCUGGAGUUUGCUCCGUACAUUCAUAUAGAGACCCAGCCUAACGGGGGAGCUCUGGUGGCCCAUGCCUAUGCCUCCCAGCUUUCUUCUCUGUCUGCGGAUCAAAGGCAGAGAUUUGCCCAAGAGUUUGUCACUUUGGCAUUCAGCGAGGAUGCAUCAAAGGCAGCUCAUUACGUCAUGACGAUUGUUCACGGAGAAGCAAAGUACCUACCGGACUUCUUGGAUUACUUCUCCAUCAAGUUCCCGUCGGCUCCUGUCAAAAUGGAAAUUCUAGGAAAGAAAGACAUAGAAACCACCACUAUGGUUAAUUUCUACUCUCAGGUCAAGAGAACUUACAGUCAUGGCACGUACAGAGCCGGGGCAAUGAGACAAGUCAGCCUGGUUGGAGCCAUUGACGAGGAGGUCGGGGAUUAUUUCCCAGAAUUCCUCGGCUUGCUGGAGGAGUCCCCCUUCCUCAAGCGGACUCUUCCAUGGGGGACUCUCUCCAGUCUCAGAGACAUGAAUCCCACCGAGAGCGACGAUGGUCCAAUCAUGUGGGUCAGACCAGGAGAGCAGAUGAUACCUGUAGCUGAUAUACCGAAGUCUCCUUUUAAAAGGAAGCGCUCCACUAAUGAAGUGAAGAACCUGCUACAAUCUCUGCCCAGAGCCAGCGAGCCCAGAGAGGUGCUGUUCGAGGACCGGACUCGAGCUCAUGCUGAUCACAUCGGGCAGGGUUUCGAGCGUCAGACCACAGCAGCCGUGGGGGUGCUGAAGGCUGUCUGCUCCGUGGAAAGCCCGGAGCCGCCUCGUGUAACCAAAGAUGUUGUGUGUUUCCAUGCUGCCGACUUCCCUUAUGUAGUUCAGAGACUUCAGUUGGACUUGCACGAACCCCCUCUGUCUCAGUGUGUGCAGUGGGUGGACGAUGCUAAACUGAACCAGUUGCGGCGAGAGGGCAUCCGAUACGCUCGUAUUCGCCUGUGCCACGAUGACAUCUACUUCAUCCCCCGAAACGUCGUCCACCAGUUCAAGACGGUGUCUGCCGUCUGCAGCCUGGCGUGGCACGUACGCCUCCAGCGUUACCACCGAGAAGAAGAGGAGCAGCUGGAAGAGGAAGAGCAGGCUGAGCUGAAGGAAAGGGAGACGGAAGCAGUGGUUCUGGAAAACGAGGAGGAUGAAGAGAAAAGGAGAGAAGAGGAUGAGAGAAGAGUGAAGGAUGAGAUCAAGGAGGAAGAUGAGAAGGUGGCAGAAAACAGGACGUUGCCCACUGUUAAAAAGGAGGAAUCUGAGCCACCGUUGUGUGAACCUGCCCCCUCUGUGAACUCUGAUCACAAAGAGGAGACGAAGGACGACACAAAAAAAGGAAAACCUCAAGAUUCUCCUGCAAAAGUGAAAGCUGAACCUCCAACUUCUCUCUGCCUUAAUAAACUGGUGUCACCUCCUCCUCCUCUUCACAAGGACGCAAAACCCAAAGUCUCACCUAAACCUCAUCGCCAUCAUCAUCACCACCAUCAUCAUCAUAAUCAUCAGUCAGAUAGCAGGACAGCGUCUUUCUUUUCGCCUUCCAAAUUGUCCCGCUCUCCACCUUGUUCAAAGUCUUCCACCUCUGCAGGGUCUGCGGUCACGUCACGCUCUUCCUCACCAGCUGCUCACGUGUCUUCUCCACGCGCAUCUCUCUCACUGUCGGCCUCCUCUUUGUCUCUGACGAGUCCCAGGCCUGCAGUCUCGUCCUCUAGUCGUCUGUCUCCCGCUUGUCGGUCCGAACACCCGAAGGACCCCGUCCAUCUGAAGCCAGACGUCUUUUCAGACGCACGGGCUCCGGUGCAGUCAGACGUUCAGACGUCACAAACACACGGCGCCCAAACGGACACACGGACACACUCGGAGACGGAUGCAUGGGGCCGAGCGCCGGCGGACACACGGACAGUACCAGACGUGUGGACUCACAGCUCCAGCUCUGACUCCAGGACUUGUGUGGAUCUGCAGAUGCACCCUCUGCAGGACGCCACCAGACAAGGACUCUACAUGCAGCAAUACGCACCGCAGCACCUCCCCCCUCCUCACCUCCCUCAGAUGCUUCCUCCUCCCUUCCCUCCCCUCAUGUCGCAUUCCCACCUCCCCCACAGGUCUCCAGUCCUCCCCACUAAUCCCCUCCCCAGUCCCUCCUUCCCCCCUGAGCCUCAAACUCUGAACUCUUACCUCGGUCAGAGUGUGCCGCCACAUUCAGUCCACCUGAGCCACCUGCACCAACCCAACAUCACCACACAGGCUCAGACCUACUACCCACCUCCCCUUCUCCCCCCCUCCUCUCAACCAAACUCUCCCUCCCAGCCUCUCCUCUCUCAUCUCUCUUACCAGCACCAGUUUGCCAAAUCCUUCUUCCCCCCUCAGCACCCCGGCUUCACCUCUCACCCGUUCCUCCCUCCGCAGUCUUUCCUCUCGCAGCCGCCACCCGGUUCUUACCCGCUCCAGCCACAGUACCAAACCUCUGCGCCGGUGCAGGCUCCGCUUCCCCCGUCACCAUCUUUUCCUCAUCCUCCGCCUCCUCCUUCUUCCCCACCACCUCCUCCCCCUCUACCACCUCCUCCCUACCCUCAACCCUCCCCUCCUAUGUUCCCCCUUCCCCCAAGGCAUGAAGAGCAGCAGAAGCAGAUUUUAUAGUAGUCUGUACAUAGCGAUGCUAAUUUUAAACAACUGUAAAUGAGCAAGGUUUUAUUUUGGUUGUAAGACGGUGUACAAGGCACGUUCGGUGUGUCCGUGCAGACACGGUAUAAAAGCAGAGUUCAUAUAUUCCAGACCACUGGACUGAACUGGCUUGGAUUGUACUGAGGCUUUGACUGUGCACAAA